AUGCAAGACUCCUACUGCGAGAUCCUGCUCCCAUUUGCCUCAUCUCCAGAAGUGCUCGACAGACACACGAACGCAUCCGGAGGCAUCAGGACAGGCUUGCUUAUGGAGCACCUAGACUCGCUCUCAGGCAGUAUUGCGUAUAAGCAUGUGCUGGGUCCCAAGGUUCCAGCGUUGCCGCCGGACGCUGGCUUCUAUAUCGUCACUGCCUCGGUUGAGAGGCUGGAUAUGCUUGCAUCCCUCUACCCUGUGCGGGACAUGCGAUUGAGCGGGCAGAUCAUCCAUACGGGUAAGAGCUCGAUGGAAGUCGCAGUACGAAUGGAAGCCUUGGAGAAGGACGGUCGCGAGCAGACCAUUAUGGUGGGUCGAUUCUGCAUGGUAUGUAGGGAUGGACGCACACACCGUUCGAGGCCGGUGAACCCACUCUUGUUGGAUACGGAGGAAGAUCGCCAGUUGUACAACAUCGGAGAAGUCCACAGGCGUCGCCGGCAGACGCAAGCAGACCGUUCUCUCGACCGUGUUCCGCCUACUGCGUCCGAAUCCCAAGAGCUACACUCUAUGUAUCUCAAUUACGGACAAGAGGAAAAGACGUCUAACCUGAAUGAGGAUGUGGAGAGGGUCUGGCUGGGAGAUACCCGUCUCGAGAAAACAAUGGUGAUGUUCCCUCAGGAGCGAAACGUGCAUCAGAAGAUCUUUGGUGGCUACCUAAUGCGACUCGCAUACGAGCUCGGGUUUGCCAACUCGUGUCUGUUCACGCGUGGGCACGUAACGUUUGUGUCUCUUGACGGCAUCUCGUUUGCUCGCCCUGUCCCUAUUGGCUCCCUCCUCCGUCUCACAUCUAACAUUGUGCAUUCAUCUUCAUCAAAAGACUAUCCUGCACUAGUACACGUCUGGGUGCACGCCGAUGUAGUGGAUCUCGAAACAGGGACAGAGCAACGAACGAACGACUUUAGGUUCACCUGGUGUCGGGAGACCGGCCCCCCGCUGAAGAGGAUUGUAGUGCCGAAGACAUACGGUGAGGCCAUGCAGUGGGUCGAAGGGCGACGCGCUCUGGAAAUGGGCUCAGAAAUUCGAAAGCUGCGCAAGAGGCAAUGA